AUGUCCUUUGAUGGGCUCCUGGAUCAAGCCGGAGGCCUGGGGAGAUUCCAAAUCUUUCAGCUAGUUCUCUUUUGUAUCACCAACCUCCUAACAUACCCUCAUUUUAUACUGGAGAACUUCACUGCUGCAAUUCCUGAUCAUCGCUACUGGGUCCAGAGUCUUGACAAUGACACUGUCUCUGGUAAUGACACUGGGACCCUCAGCCAAGAUGCCCUUCUGAGGAUCUCCAUUCCCCUAGAUCCAAAUCUAAAACCAGAAAAGUGUCGUCACUUCAUCCAUCCCCAGUGGCAGCUCCUUCACCUCAAUGAAACUGUCACCAACACAGCUGAGCCAGACACAGAGCCCUGUAUCGAUGGCUGGGUGUAUGACAGAAGCUACUUCCCCUCCACCAUCACAACUGAGUGGGACCUGGUUUGUGAGUCCUAGUCAUUAAAACCAAUGGUUCAAACUCUGUUUAUGACUGGGUCACUGUUGGGAAGUCUGAUAUAUAGCCUUCUUUCAGACAGGUUUGGGCGGAAGGUGGUCUACCUGUGGUGCUUACUCCAGCUGGGCAUCGUUGACACCGUGGCAGCCUUCGCCCCCACCUUCCUCAUUUACUGCAUAUUACGCUUCUGGGCUGGGUUGAGUGUCACGACUAUUAUGAUAAAUUCUUUUUGUCUCAUGUCAGAAUGGACAAUGUCCCAAAGGAAGUCUGUGAGAAUAGUCCUGAUGAUCUCCUACAAUAUUUGGCAGAUGUUCCUUGGAGGGCUGGCUUUUACCAUUCAAAAGUGGUACACACUGCACCUGGCUGUGUCUAUACCCUUGCUUGUCCUCCUCUUGCCCUCCAGGUAUGAACAGUCUCCACAUUCUUUACCAGGGAGGCCAAGAUUUUCAAAUGCUAUAUCCUUUUAUGGCCUCGUACUCAACCUGCAGGACCUGGGGAACAAUAUCUUCCUGUUCCAAGUUCUCUUUGGAGCCAUCAUGCGCACAGCCAGAUUUGUUUCCCUUUGGACUCUGAAUUACAUGGGUCGUCGGAAAAACCAGACACUGUUCUCCUUCCUGGCAGGAGUUUUCAUUCUGGUCAACACAUUUUUGCCCCAAGAUCAGAUUAGCCUGCAGGAAGAUGAUAGAGAGGAAGGUCAUAGAGAUCAGGGUCAUAGAGAGGAAACCUCCGCAGUCAUAGAGAGUCCUCCGGAAGAGAUAGACCAUCCUCCCGGAGAGGAAAAUCCGGAAGAAAUUCUUAGAGAGGCACAAAGCCCUUCUCCACCACGUGGCUUAGAAGCCCAAUUUCAAAAUGGCAACAGCAGAGAUUCUUCCCACGAGUCGCAGUCAGAGGGAGAGGAAUCAGACAUUGAAAUUCAGGACUUACAGAGAAAUUUUAACAGACUGCGUUUCACAUCGCCUGCCCAGGCUAUUAGAAUUCGGCCAUUAUCUGCUAAAAGGACAAAAUUUAACAGAUAUUGCAGGACUCAACCCCACAUGGCAGAUCAAGAUGGCAUGGAUCAGCCCACCUUCUCAUCAUCAUUUCCUCCUAGUGGGAGAACAAAAAACUUCUGGUCGGCCCCUCCCGGGGCCGAGCAAAAAUACGGGGAAUUGGAGGAGGGGUCGCACAGUGUGACAUCACUGGUCGCACAGUGUGACAUCACUGGUGCCAACCAGGACGGCCCGCCAUUUUUACCAGAACAUAAAUCACAGACAGUUUCCUUACGACCCUCAAUGACAAUUGAAUUGAAUCCUGAAUCAGGGCCAAAACAAAUCCCUACUGGGAUUUUCGGGCCGCUUCCUGAUAAUACUAUAGGUUUAAUUUUGGGGCGUAAUAAUUUAAAAGGAGACAUUGAGAAGAUGCUUUUCGUCCUAUCUGGGUUCCUGAAUGCGCAAUCAGACAUGGAAGAGAUAGAACCGAGAUUCAAGCGACUGAAGAUUGACCCGGAGAAGCCCCCAUCCAAAAGGAAGAGAUAUCGGAAAAAGGCAAAGAGAAACCAGAUUGACCCAGCCAAAAAGCUGAUUUCAUGGGAAGACGUGAAGAAGCUAACAACACAGGCUUCCCGAAUAAUUCGACUCCUAAGAAAGAACAGGACCCCAGUCUUGAUGGUAGUGACAGUAAUUGCCCUGCUGGGCUGUCAGGUGCAAGAGCCUGUCCGUGUGGGGGUGUGA